CGCCCCGGCCCGCACGCCCAGUCGGGGCCCAGGCCCGAGUGGAGCCUGGCCGCUGGCCGUUCGCCUCCGAGCCCUGCGCGUCGCCUCCUGGCCCGCGAAGGAGGCGGAGGAGGAGGAGGCGCCGCCUUCCCCGCGCCGCGCGCCCUCGCCGUUGUCUGCGCUCUGCUCUGGACCAGUUUGGGGAAGUUGCCCUGUCCCCGCGUUGCCCAGAUGUGUGACCUCAUUGAACCGCAGCCGGCGGAGAAGAUCGGCAAGAUGAAGAAGUUGCGGAGAACUUUGUCGGAGAGUUUCAGCCGCAUUGCUUUGAAGAAAGACGACACCACCUUUGAUGAGAUAUGUGUCACAAAGAUGUCUACACGGAACUGCCAGGGAAUGGACUCUGUGAUCAAGCCACUAGACACAAUUCCUGAGGAUAAAAAAGUCCGAGUUCAGAGGACUCAGAGCACUUUCGACCCUUUUGAGAAGCCAACUAAUCAAGUAAAGAGGGUCCAUUCAGAGAACAAUGCUUGCAUUAACUUUAAGACAUCUUCUGCAGGGAAAGAGUCACCUAAAGUUCGGAGGCACUCCAGCCCCAGCUCGCCAACGAGUCCCAAAUUUGGAAAGGCUGACUCAUAUGAAAAACUGGAAAAACUCGGGGAAGGAUCUUAUGCCACAGUCUACAAAGGAAAAAGCAAGGUCAAUGGGAAAUUGGUGGCCCUGAAGGUCAUCAGACUGCAGGAAGAAGAAGGCACACCUUUCACAGCUAUCAGGGAAGCUUCUCUGUUAAAAGGACUAAAACAUGCUAACAUUGUGCUGCUUCAUGACAUCAUCCAUACCAAGGAGACGCUGACACUUGUGUUUGAAUAUGUGCACACUGAUUUAUGUCAGUACAUGGACAAGCACCCUGGGGGAUUGCAUCCAGACAAUGUGAAGUUGUUUUUAUUUCAGUUGCUGCGAGGGCUGUCUUACAUCCACCAGCGUUAUAUUUUGCACAGAGACCUGAAACCACAGAACCUUCUGAUCAGUGACACGGGGGAGUUAAAGCUGGCAGAUUUCGGUCUUGCAAGAGCAAAAUCCGUCCCUAGCCACACAUAUUCCAAUGAAGUGGUUACUUUGUGGUACAGACCUCCAGAUGUCCUCCUGGGCUCGACAGAGUAUUCCACCUGCCUUGACAUGUGGGGAGUCGGCUGCAUCUUUGUUGAAAUGAUCCAAGGGGUUGCUGCCUUUCCAGGAAUGAAAGACAUUCAAGAUCAACUUGAACGAAUAUUUCUGGUUCUUGGAACACCAAAUGAGGACACAUGGCCUGGAGUUCAUUCUUUACCACAUUUUAAGCCAGAACGCUUUACCGUGUACAGCUCUAAACACUUGCGGCAAGCAUGGAAUAAGCUCACCUAUGUGAACCAUGCAGAAGACCUGGCCUCCAAGCUCCUACAGUGUUCCCCAAAGAACAGGCUCUCAGCACAGGCAGCAUUGAGCCAUGAGUAUUUUAGUGACCUGCCCCCACGGCUAUGGGAACUGACCGAUAUGUCUUCUAUUUUUACCAUCCCAAAUGUAAGAUUGCAACCAGAAACUGGAGACAGCCUGCGGGCCUUUGGGAAAAACAAUAGUUAUGGCAAAAGUUUAUCAAAUAGCAAACACUGACAAGCACAAAGUUCUCAAGAGAAUGCAGGAUUAAGUUGUCAUCAUUCUUGGAAGAGGAAGAAAAAAAAAAAAAAUUAAUGAAGUGGCCAAUAAUACAAAGAGAAUCAUGGAUCAGUUUCCUUCCCCUCCUGGUGGUGGAUUUCCCUUACAAGAAAAUUGAAUCUGGCAAGACCCUGUUUUCCCUGCAAUUUAUUUAAAACCUUGCACGCAUUUGGAUACCUUGUGAUUUCCAAGAACUAUGUGAAGAUUAAGCUUUGCUUACUGAUACAUGGCAUGUAUUCUUUUCAGUCUUUUGUGUUUGAUUUUGUUUGAUUUCCCUUUGCAGCGCAGCAUCUCUGUAAGGUCUUUAUGCUUUCACCAGCCACGUCUUAAAUACAUUAAGACAACGCAUUUGGUGUUCACACUUCUUCAGUAAUGUCUCUACAUGAAAGCCACGUAGUGGCAUAAAACAAUGUGUGUUUUCUUUGAGAGCACUGUGCAUUUUAUAGCCACUAGGAAGGA